CGAGGUCGUCUCCGUAAUAAGUGGCACAGAUGCAGGGAUUCUCUCCGGCAUUUCAUGCAUUUUAAAAGCCCAACAUACACCCCCCCUCAAUGAUUUCAGCGCACUUUAGAGGGUGGCAGUCUGCCGCCGGCCUGUUCGCGGCUCACCGGCUCGCUCGGCUCACUUUGGCGUGAUACUUCUCUGGUUAGCAUCAGCUAGCCCCGGAGCUAAUCAGAGGUGGUCACCGGAGUAAAUAUUGAGUGUUUGUGCUGAUGUCUGGCUGCUGUCGGGGGUGAAAUGACACUGAUCCAUGGGCUGUGAGUGACCUGACACGUAUCCGAGACCACCAGUCAAGCUUGUCUUGGCGCUGGAACCGCUGCCUGCCAUGCAGCCAUGAGCUCGGCCCUGUGGAGCCAGGAGAAGCCCAGCGGGGGCUUCAGGGAAGACUGGCGCUUCUACAUGGUUGUGAAGGAAUGCACCGUGGAGAAGCCGGCCCAGAAGACCCUGCGGAUCCCCCGCGGUAGCCUCGGCCAGUCCUGCCAGGAGCGCAACAGCCUGGGGCGACCGCUGCCGCCAUGCAAGGGCAAGAAAAGCCUCCGCAUCCUGGACCAGACCAACGUGGUGCUGAGCCUGGACGAGCGGGACGUCUUGGAGCUGGACGAGAAGCUGGCCGAGCUGCUGUUCCCCAUCACCAACUGUGAGGAGCGGUACGCCCUGCUCUGCGACAAGUCGCGUCUGGAUCGUGUCCGGGACAUUGACUGUGGUUCCAAGGUGCGUGUCCAGCUGCGCACCGGGGACGACCCUCUGCCCGGCGUGGUGCGCUUUAAAGGCUCCCUGCUCCCCGACCGAGCCCUGUCUGGGAUCUGGUUCGGAGUGGAGCUGCUGGAGGAGGGUCGAGGCCAGGGCUUCACCGAAGGCUCCUACCAGGGCCGCCAGCUCUUCCGCUGUGAGGAUGAAUGUGGUGUGUUUGUGGCCCUGGACAGGCUUGAACUCUGGGAGGAUGAUGAGGAUGAACACUUGGGGGAACUGGAGGUGGAUCACGUCAGGCUGGUUGAAGACGAUCAGGACAGUCCUCCACUGGAGAUCAACUCCAGGGUCGUGGUGCAGACCAGAGAAGGACCCGAGAGGGGCACCAUCAUUUUUUGUGACCUGCUACCAGGAAACGAGAGCCUGGGCUACUAUGUGGGAGUGGACAUGGACAAUCCUAUCGGGGACUGGGAUGGUGUGCUUGAUGGGAAGCUGCUCUGUAAUUUUGCCAGUUUGGAGCACACUCGACUCGUCCCCAUCUGCGACGUGAUGCCAGAAUAUUCCAUGCAGGACCAAAGGCUGCAAAAGCACAGUUUUUCCCCCAGAGGCACCAACAGCGACAAGCCGUCCUCUGGCCAAAGCAAACCAAAGAGCAAAGGAUUAGGUCAUCAGUGUGCCAGUAGGAGCAAGUCUGAAUUUUACUAUACUUUAAAUGGCAGCUCUCUUGAUCCACCCCAGUCCAAAUCCAAAAGCACAUGGUACAUUGAUGAAGUUGGAGAGGAUCCCGCCAAGUCGCUUACUGACACGCCCCCAGACUUCAACCAGUCCUCCCCACCCUCCAGAGCCCCGGCCUCUUCCUCGCUGUCUAGUGACAAAUUCCUCUCGCUGCCCUUCAGUCUGAACCGCAAGACAGGGCCCAUUGACAGUAUGAGUCCUGGGCCUCUCUCUCUCUCCGUCCAGUCUGUAAUGGGAGAGCAGCCUGAGCCCCCAUCUCCUGCUGCCCCUCCUUCGCCUCGGCCUCUGACGCCUCCGCGAGGGCAGCCGGGCCUGGAGGUGGGCUCUCUGGUGGAGGUGAAGGAAAAUCCCCCUCUGUGCGGCGUCAUCCGCUGGGUGGGUCUGCCUCCCGGUCUGCUGGAGCCUCUGGCCGGGCUGGAGCUGGAGGAAGAGUGCCCCGGCUGCACCGACGGCACGUUCAAAGGCACUCGAUACUUCACCUGCCCCCCUAAAAAAGCGCUGUUUGUGAAGCUCAAGUGCUGCCGGCCCGACUCCCGCUUCCCUUCACAGCACCACUCGUCCAACCCCAUCGAGCGGUGCAACUCCAUUGCGUUUGGGGGUUAUCUGAGUGAGGUGGUGCACGAGAACACACCUCCACGCACAGAGAACGAUGGUCUGGAUGUGAUGGUGGGAAAGAAGAAGGGCAUUCAGGGCCACUACAACUCCUGCUACCUGGAUUCCACUCUCUUCUGUCUUUUCUCCUUCAGUUCUGUUCUGGACACGGUUCUGUUGAGGCCACAAUCAAAGACCGACGUAGAGUAUUAUAAAGAGACCCAAGAGCUGCUACGCACAGAGAUAGUCAACCCCCUGCGCAUACAUGGGUACGUUUGUGCCACUAAAGUCAUGAAGCUCAGGAGAAUUUUGGAGAAAGUUGAAGCAGCGUCUGGGUUUACUUCUGAAGAAAAAGAUCCUGAGGAGUUCCUCAAUAUCCUUUUCCAUCACAUACUGAGGGUGGAUCCGUUGCUCAAACUGAGGUCACCGGGUCAGAAGGUCCAGGACUGUUACUUUUACCAGAUCUUCAUGGACAAGAAGGACAAGGUUGGAGUUCCCACCAUCCAGCAGCUCCUGGAAUGGUCCUUCAUCAACAGCGACCUGAAGUUUGCAGAGGCUCCCUCCUGCCUCAUCAUCCAGAUGCCUCGCUUCGGCAAGGACUUCAAAAUGUUCAACAAGAUUUUCCCUUCUUUGGAGUUGGACAUCACCGACCUCCUGGAAGACACUCCGAGGGAAUGUCGUAUCUGCGGAGGCCUGGCUCUCUACGAGUGCCGCGACUGUUAUGAGGACGGGGAUAUCACUGCUGGCAAGAUUAAGCAGUUCUGUGAAAAGUGCAAUACACAGGUUCACCUCCACCCGAGGAGGAAAGCCCAUCGACACGGCAAACUGUCCGUCCCCAAGGAGCUACAAGAAGGAAUGGGGCGUCAGGGCAGCUUUCCCCGCCAGAGGAUGGAGCUGUUUGCUGUGCUGUGCAUCGAAACCAGUCACUAUGUGGCCUUUGUCAAGUACGGCAGUGCAGAUUCUGCCUGGCUCUUCUUCGACAGCAUGGCUGACCGCGACGGAGGGCAGAACGGGUUCAACAUCCCGCAGGUGUCCCCCUGUCCGGAGGUGGAGGCCUACCUGAAGAUGAGCCCCGAGGAACUGCACACCCUCGACCCCAAGAGCAUCCAGGGCCAGGCGCGCCGCCUGCUCUGCGACGCCUACAUGUGCAUGUACCAGAGCCCCACCAUGAGCCUGUACAAGUAAAACCCCCCCGAACCUUUCACUCUUCCUCCCCCUGCCCCUCUGCCAGAACGAUCUCAAGAAAGACCAAAAACUGACAGAUAAACUAUUGGAAGAGGAGCUGCCCAGCAGCCGGGGCGCCGUCCGCAGUCAGCCCCUCCACCCCGCCUCUCCGCAGAGUAUUUCCAUUUCUGGAGGACGGGGGGGGUGGAAGAGGGCGGGAGAAGCCUAUUUGCACUGUGCAUUAGUUGAAGUGUUGUGUUCUUCAUGUAGUCCUAUGUAGCUUUCCUGUGUCUCGAAGCUGAGCAUCGGCGGUGGUUAAUGAAGCAAAGGUAGGCAUUAUGAGGAUUCCCUCCCCGCUCAGGGGAGGAGGGAGAACACGUCGCGUCGCAGUGGCUUACAAAACACAUGUGCAGCAAAAACAGGAUGAGCUUGUGGCGGGACCUCGCUCACCUCAUUAACCUUAAGAAAACAGGAGUCCUGCUAUUCUUAAUCACUGUAAAAGAUGGGAGCUUUUCCAUAGUGCACAUUAAGGAAGCGACACGGUGUGCGAACCUCCUCCAGACUGUUUGUGGUGUUCCAUAAACUCGUGAAAAAUCUCAUCGUAGCAUCAGUUUCUCCGGAUCCUAAUCAACAGUGUAGAUGUCCACCAGGUGUGCAGUCGCAUCAAGACCCGGCUUCUCUGGUUUGCAUAUUCCCUCAUCACGCUGUGUAAAUGUCCUUACUGUAUAUGUUUUUCAGAGUAAGAUGUAGCCAUUGCAUUUUACCCCAUCCUCGCUCAACCAGCGCUACACUUUUGCUCCAACCCCCAAGUGGGCCUAUCAGGAAACCAGUUUUCUUUUCUUUUUUUUCUUUUUUAAACCCCUCCUUUUGAAGUCAGAGUGAGUCCUAAUUUGUUGGCUGGGAGACGUGAGAGUUUUGUAACAGAAUACAAAUGUGCUCCUCUGCCGUGGCUGUACUGAGAGGCCUGCACCGCUAACGCGGAGUAGGUGGCAGAUAAAUGCAUGAAGACGGACUCGUACAAUAGUUGCUGUUGUGACGCCGAGCGGCGCAGCGCCCCCGAGCCUCCGCCGGGUCAACGAGGUGAACAACUGGGAGGAGUCUGCCUGUUUUCCUUUAAGGAGUAUCUGAUUAUGAAGAAUUGCAGAGUUGCUCAUUGUCUCAAUGAGUAAAUCUAAAUGUUUCAUGUUUACAAAAGCCUUUUUUUUUUUUUGCUUUGUUUUUUUUCUGCCUUUCUGGCAGCUCUGAUUUUAAACUGAAGCAAGCAUCAUCUUGCGCUGCCUUUUUAUGAAAGUUUCACAUGCAAUAUUUCAAGGCUGUUACCAGAUAACGAAAACUAGUAUUUAUUUCACACCCAUCAUACCGCGCUCUCAUCUGAAAUAUAAAAGGAAAAGAGGGGAAAAAAGAAACAGGGUUGAUGAAACUAUUACAUUUGGGUAGUUCUUGUCCUUCACUGUAUAUUUAAGUGAGUUAUUGUACUUUUACGUUGUCUUAUAGCAACUACUGAAUGUUAAUAGUGACAUAUUGAUCAGUUAAUGAAUUAUGGGAAAUGAAGAGGCACAAGGGAUGGCAACAUUAUACAUUGAUAUAUGUAUUUAAAACAGAAAUUUUAUUAAAACAAGAGGAAAUCUCUGUUUCCACUAUAUCCCAGAUUUAGAGCUAGAUCAAAGGGGGUUAAAGGUUUUCACAUAUGACAUAAACGUGGAUGAACUGCAGGGUUUCUGACGCCCUGACAGAGGAAACUCCCGUAUGAACUUUUUGUGCACUGCUGAACUGCUGAAGCUUGUCACUGACUAAAGCCUUGUCCUCUGACGGACCGCUCAGAACGGACGAUGGGAUUUUGUAAUGGGUUUUAUUUUUGUUGUUGCAUCUGUACAGUGUAAACAUAUGUAACAGGUGUAAAAUUAAUGUCAGUGAUGUUCUUGUAAAUGUUAACGAAAUAAAGCCCACUUUGAAGGGUACGCUG